AUGACCACAUCUUCCACUGUUGCACCCGCACCAGCUUCACAGCAAUUCGUUGGUAUUUCUAACCUGCCAAAUCAGCGUUACAAAAUAGUUUCUGAGAAUGGUGGUCAUUUCACGUUGAUGAUCUGCGGUGAAAGUGGAUUGGGUAAAACGACAUUUAUCAACACAUUAUUUCAAACUACGUUGAAACAAUCAGAUCCUCAACGUCGCCAUUCCCAACCAAUCCAGAAAACAGUGGAAAUCGACAUUUUAAGAGCAGAAUUAGUGGAAAAGAAGUUUAAAUUGAAAGUCAAUGUUAUUGACACGCCUGGUUUUGGUGAUAACGUUAACAAUAGUAAGGCAUGGCAACCAAUUGUUGACUUCAUUGAUGACCAGCACGAUUCUUUCAUGCGUCAAGAACAACAACCAUUCCGUGAUGUCAAAUUUGAUUUAAGAGUUCAUGCUGUAUUAUAUUUUAUUAAACCAACAGGACAUGGUCUAAAACCAAUAGAUAUUGAAACUAUGAAACGUAUCUCAACAAGAGCUAAUUUGAUUCCCGUCAUUGCGAAGGCUGACACUCUAACUUCUAACGAAUUACAAAUAUUUAAAAAUAGAAUUAGACAAGUCAUUGAAGCACAAGAGAUUAGGAUCUUCACACCACCAUUAGAAAGUAACGUUGAUAGCUCUGACAUAACUAAUAAUCAAGAUGUUGCUGCAAUAGAGCACGCCAGACAACUGAUUGAAUCUAUGCCUUUCGCCAUCAUCGGUUCAACUCAAAAAUUUGACAAUGGAUCUGGUCAACUGGUCCUAGCAAGAAAAUAUCCAUGGGGUCUAGUGGAAGUUGAAAAUGAUUUACACUGCGACUUCCGCAAAUUGAGAAGUCUGGUAUUGAGAACAUAUCUUUUAGAUUUGAUCUUGACGACAAAUGAACUACAUUAUGAAACCUACAGAAGAUUAAGAUUGGAGGGUAACGAAAAUCCAAAUGAUGCAGAUCCAUCAAUUCCAUUGAGAGCGCCACUAAGGAAACUAUCACAUAAUCCAAAAUUCAAAGAAGAAGAAAAUAUGUUAAAGAAAUAUUUUACCGAUCAAGUUAAAGCUGAAGAACAAAGAUUUAGACAAUGGGAACAAAAUAUUGUUAAUGAAAGAGUUAAACUAAAUACCGAUCUGGAAGAACUACAAAAUAAGAUAAAGAAACUGGAGGAGCAAAAUAAACUUUUACAAUCAAGGAAGCGUUAA